AUGACGGAGCUGUUCGACACGGUCGUGACUAGCCUCCUCCACCUGCCAGAGGUGCUGGAUUGCCUCGCCGCUGCAGACGGCGACCGGCGGUUGGCCGGCCACCACGCGACGCACGGCCACGGCCAUGGACGCAUCCACGGGCUUGGCGGCGGAGGCAGAGCGCCGGUGGACAUAAUGGAGAGGCCCCGUGAGUACGCCUUCGUGCUCGACGUGCCCGGCCUCUCCAAGUUAGACAUCCAGGUGACGCUGGAGGAGGACCGGGUGCUGGUGAUGAAGGGCGGCAGUGGGAAGCGGAAGCGCGACGAGGAGGAGGACAUGAACGGCAAAGGGUGCCGAUACAUCCGGUUGGAGCGCGGCGCGGCGCGGCGGUCGUUCGUGCGCAAGUUCCGGCUGCCGGAGGACUUUGUGGGGAAAGUGGAUAACUGGUGGGGGGUGGCGGCGCUCCUGUGGCGAGUGAGGUUGUUAGGUUAGAGAGGCACGGUGGGGCUCGAGCUGGCGGCGUUCCUGUGGCGAGGGAGG